AUGGAAACUGGCAUAGCUCGACAUGUUUGUCUCAGCGUUUUGUUGCUACAGCAUAUACCAAGCAAAUACAACUUGAAUGCCCACGAAGCAGGCAAACCAAGCCAGAGUGGUGUCAUGGUCGUGCGGUUUGAUUUCCCUUCGGUUCCACCUUCCUUAGCCAGCCCUCCCUGUGGAGAUCCCACAUCUCAACCCCCAUCAUCCCUACGCGCCCGAGCAAGUCCGCACGCAACGCUUGCACCGUUCAAGCCCGCGACCAUGUCUACCAGCCCCUGGACUCCCGACUCGCAAUACCUCUCCACUGUGCUCAACGAGCCCAACGCCCUCGCUCCUCACGUCGCCAGCACACAAGCACCAGCACAAACGCACACGUCCACACCACCACGCCCACGCCCAUCCUCGACGCACCCGCACCCGCACCCGCACCCGCACCCGCAACACCACCAACACGCACAACCAAGCCCCUUGACAGCCGCCCAGCGAAGCGCCCAAGCACGCGGCAAGCCCUUCGCGGCAGCGGCAGCGGCAGCCCACUCCAGCAACGGCGCGCGCACCGCACAACCGCCAAACGAAGCCGAGAGCUACGCGCUCCGGCAGCGGCGCUCCGAAGCCGCGGCCAUUCUCGACAGCCAGGAGAUGCUGCUGUGGUAUUCCGCGGCGCGGCACGAGAGCGUGGCGCAGACGCGCGAGUUUUACCGCCGCGUCGUGCUGGGCGUUGGGCAUGAGGCGCCCGUGUGGAGAGAGGGGUGGCAGCGCGGUGCGGGCGGCGAGGCUGGGGAGAGAGCUAGUCCUAGGGGGAGAGGGAAGGGGAGGGAGAGAGAGAGAGAGAGAGAAAGAGAGAGGGGGCGGGAAAGGGGUAGUAGUGCCGGGGGUGCGCAUGGGGGGCCUGGAGAGGGGGGUUUCUAG